UUUUUUGCUGGGUCUUGUGUGUAGAUCACGUUAAUUUGAGACAUUUGUUUGUCCGAGUACAACCGCUAAUUUGCGGUAUCAUAUGUAAAUAUGAUUUGUUGUUGUUGAUGUUGUUAAUAUUUUAAGUCCAUCAUUAUACACGUAGGCGAAAAAUGAUAUUGUUCUUAAUGUUUAGAUGAUGAACAAUAAAAAGCGACCUUAGGUAGCCGGCACAAUGAAACUGAUCCAUAAAGAUAUUGAAAAAGAUGGCAAAGGAACUGUGGUUCUCAUACCUGAAGAAGCCGAAGAUAUGUGGCAAGCAUACAAUAUCAUUAGAGAGGGUGACCGUGUGCGAGCAUCUACUAUUAGGAAAGUACAGAAUGAAUCAGCUACCGGUUCAUCUACUAGCCACCGUGUUAGGACAACAUUAACAAUAAACGUGGAAACUGUAGAUUUUGACACACAAGCUUGCCUACUGCGUCUUAAAGGUAGAAACAUUGAGGAAAAUGAAUAUGUUAAGAUGGGAGCAUAUCAUACAAUAGAUUUAGAAUUAAAUAGAAAAUUUUCACUUAUCAAAGAAGAAUGGGAUUCCAUUGAUCUAGAAAGAAUUGAAAUGGCUACUGACCCAACACAGACUGCUGAUGUAGCAGCUGUUAUAAUGCAAGAAGGGUUAGCACACGUUUGUUUGAUUUCUGGAAGUCGCACAAUAGUACGAGCGAAAAUUGAUCAUAAUAUACCUAGAAAACGCAAAGGAGACGUAAAACAACACGAAAAAGGAAUAUUAAAGUUUUUUGAGCUGGUGAUGCAAGCAAUAUUGCGCCACAUCAAAUUUGAUGUUGUCAAAUGUACAAUAAUUGCCAGUCCUGGUUUUGUGCGUGAUCAAUUUUACGAAUACAUCAUACAAGAAGCUGUCAAAACUGACAAUAAAAUAAUCCUAGAAAACAAAUCAAAAUUUAUCAUGGCACAUGCAUCUAGUGGUUUUAAACAUUCACUCAAAGAAGUUUUAUCAAACCCAUCCAUUGCUGCCAAGCUCGAGGAUACAAAAGCACUUGGUGAGCUUAAAGCGUUAGAUAACUUUUAUAAAAUGUUGCAAUCAGAAUCAACCAGAGCUUUCUAUGGAAUUAACCAUGUUGAAAAAGCAAAUGAAGCUAUGGCGAUUGAAACAUUACUUAUUACAGAUAGCUUAUUCAGGAGUCAAAAUAUAUUACAACGUAAACGUUAUGUUAAGUUAGUUGAUAGUGUACGAGAGUCGGGUGGAGAUGUAAAAAUAUUUUCAAGCAUGCAUGUUACAGGAGAGCAGUUAUCACAAAUUACUGGCGUGGCAGCUAUAUUACGAUUUCCCAUGCCUGAACUAGAAGAUGAUGAUGAAGACGAAGAUGAUUUAAAUGAAAGUACAACUAAUUGAAUAAAUUUAUUUUAUACCUUGCCGCCUUUAAAUACGAUAUGUUUUUAUUGAAAUGUUUAGUUAUAAUUAAAUUAUCUUACAAAAUGUUCAUUAUUUGUAACCAGCUUCUUUUAAAAAAUUGUCAAUAAAUAUUAUUUAUGUUGUUAAAUAGUUAAAUAGAAACCAUCAAAUUAACGAACUACUGUAAAAAAAAAACAUUAUUGUAUUAUGUUACAUGGUGUUAAUUG